AUGAGUUCGGAGAAGGAGAUGGUUCAAAGUGUGUUUCGAUCCUCUGGACUGUGGGUACGAGCUGGGCACACUAUUUUGACCUGGUCCAUCACCCUGAUUUUGUUCUUACACAACACUGACCUGCGUCGCAGUGAGGAGCGAGGAGAGCUGCUUAUACCACUCCUAUUUUUCCUCCUUGUGGUUUUUUCUGUGCUUUUAUACUUUUCCGUUUCCUUAAUGGACCCUGGAUUUGUGCUCAAAGAAGCAGCUCAGGCCUCACUAGAAGAAGCAGAGAGCAUGAUUCCUGAGGCCACUGUGCCUCGUGUGCGACGCUGUGGUUACUGCUUUUUACUGCAGCCGAUGAGGGCGCGUCACUGUGCGGCCUGUGGACACUGCGUGCGUCGCUUCGAUCACCACUGCCCCUGGAUCAGUAACUGUGUCGGGGAAAGAAACCACCGCGUGUUUGUGCUGUACCUGUGCGUGGAACUGCUCACGCUGCUCUGGGCCUCGCACAUCGCUCUGUCGGGCUUCUCUCCUGCUGAGACGUGGAGCAGUUGGCUGAGGCUCCACGCCGUCCUGCUCGCCGCUCUGUCUGUGGUGGUCGUGUGUUCUCUGGUGGUCCUGGUCCUGCUUUGUUGCCACGGUUACCUGGCCUCGGUCAACUGCACCACGUGGGAGUUCAUGUCCCGCCACCGCGUGCCGUACCUGAAGGACGUGCCCGAGGACCAAAGCCCCUUCGACAGCGGCCUCCUGCUCAACCUCUGGGCCUUCUGCUGCGUGUGCCGCGCCGUGGCGUGGGAGCGAGUGUACGCCGCCAAGUCGCGCACCGUGAAGCAUGACGAGCUCAGGAACAUUUGA